AUGAAGCUCUUCACCAUUUGCAGCUAUGCUGCAGUGUCGCUCGCUCCUCUCAUCAAUGCUUACCCAGGCAUGGCAGCAAACAUGGGCGAGUUUCAUGCAUCUGCAAAAGAAGCUCGUCAAGAUACCAAGCAACUCAUUGGGGAUCUCAAGACGUUGAAGGAUAGCCAGCUCACUUCGGUGGGUAAAGACAUCAAGGCCAUUCUCUUGAACCAGCAAAACGCUCUUUCGACCGUGAUUGAUACAGGGGCACCUGCAGGGACACCCGACAGUGCCGCAUGCAAAGCCGAUCUCUGCUGUAUCUGGAAAUGGAUCUCAUACGAUAUGACCGCAAGGUUCAAUGGCAGCUCAGGAAGAUGCACCAAAUAUGCGCGGGCCGCAGUCAGACUGGGCUUCCACGAUUCAGGCGCUUGGUCGACUAGCAGCAGCUUCGGAGGUGCAGACGGGAGUAUCCUGCUCACAGACGAAAUCAACCGCGGCGAGAACAGCGGACUCGAGUUUAUCGCAGAACAAAUGAAGGCAUGGUACAGCAAGUACAACAAAUACGGUGUCUCCAUGGCCGACCUCAUUCAAAUGGGCGCGAAUGUCGCUACUGUCGUGUGCCCACUUGGUCCCCGUGUGCGUUCCUUCGUGGGUCGGAAAGACAAUGCGAAAGCUGGGCCUACUGGAUUGCUACCCAGCCCCCGGGAUUCGGCGGACAGUAUUAUCAAACUGUUUGCCGCGAAAACCAUCGAUCCCACGGAUCUUGUAGCCCUAGUCGGGGCACACACUACAUCUCAGCAACACUUCUUUGAUACAUCACGAGACGGCGAUCCACAGGACUCGACACCUGGUGUGUGGGAUGUAGCGUUCUACGGAGAGACAACCACCAGCACGCCUCCCAGGAUCAUUAAAUUCCCGAGUGAUAUAGCCUUGAGCCAGGAUUCAAGGACGAGUGCCUUGUGGCAGGGAAUGAGCGUGCAAGGCCGUUGGAAUUCUGACUGGUCUAAAGCAUAUACUCGCCUCUCUUUGCUGGGUGUCAACAACAUCAACGAUUUGAAGGAGUGCACAAAAGUUCUUCCAGCAGCCAGAACUACUUUUGUCAACCAGGAUCAAGUACUGCUGGAUAGGUGGCUGCAAGGAGAAUUCGAUCAACUAAACAACAUGGUCGAUGAUGCCAUUAUGUUGACUGGUGUAAUCUCUGGUCGGAGUGCGAACGAGACUGAGUCUUGAUCCCGUCCUACAUUCCUUCUCCAUUCGCUUUCGAUCGUCAAUUAAGGUUUUGGCUUGCUGGGUUAUGGCGCUCAGGGUAUUACAGUAGUAGAUUGAACAUAGCUACAUUCUCAUCGCACGAGCACAUAUGGUCUGAGCCAUUCAAACAGAUUGUGACUGCAUUGGUAGUAAAAGAAAAACACCUAUGAUCAAAUCAAUAUUGCUACAAUGCAGACAUAUUCUCGCGCGCGAUUAUCAUCUGACGUCACGGCGAUGAAAUGCAACAUCUGGCUGAACUCUCUUGCGCGUCUCUCGCACUUGAACAUGCGCGACCCGCCCCACAUUCCCACCAUUACUGAGCCAAUCACCGUAGCCGAUCCAAGGCAACAACAUUUCGUCGUUCGUAUUUCAAAGCACUGAACACUCUCCAUGAACAUCUCCCUCCAAACUCACACAUCCAAAUUUUACUAUCCCAUUCAUGUCCUCUCUCCACGUUGUCGCGGCCGGCAAGCAAAGGCACGCAGUCGAACUUAAAUCUCGCUGUCUCUGCAAAGCUCAUCAAUUCAGCACUCAAGUCUCUAUCUUCGACCUUCCUCUCGUGACUUCUGCCUGUCACUGCGAUUCUUGCCGUCAUGUCACGGGUGCAUUCUACACCCUCGACCCACCGUGGCC